AAAUUUGCUAAUAUCCUCGUGUCAGAGAAACAAUUAUUUUCUCAAUCUAAUACACAGAGUAGGCUUGUAUCUCUCCAUAUCUCUUUCCGAAAAGCACAAAUCUCAAUUGCAAAUCAAAAACCCUAAAAAAUUCCAGAUAGUAACAUAAUCGUUUGAAUGGAGGAGAGAUCGGGAGCUCCGCCGUGUGAUAUACCAGAGAGAAUAUUCAAGGCUGGUGAAGAACCAACUGGUGUUAGGGUGACCCCGUACCACAAACCGUGUGGUACCAGACAAAUUCUAAACGCUCUGGAGCCCGAAGAAAUAGAGAAAAUACAGGCAUCUCCUUUCGGGAAAAUCGUAGAGCUUGCUGAUAAGUCAUCCUUCUCUGGUCGAUUUGGUCGCUAUAUCAUUUCAAGACAGUUGAAGGUUGCAAAGAAACAUGAGGUGUGGUUCGUGUUCGCCGGAAAACCAAUUAGGUUCUCUCUUCGAGAGUUUGCUAUAGUUACAGGGCUCAACUGUGGAAAAUUCAGGAAACGGUCCAAGAAAAGAGGGGCCAACCGGAACAUAACAGAGAAACCAUACUGGGGAGAACUAUUUGGGACUCUGAAAGAGGUUCCAGUGUCGUCAGUCAUCCGUAUGCUGAAGAAGAAAACAGUGACUGGGACGGAGUUGCGUCUGAAAUAUGCGUAUCUCGCUUUGCUGUCGUCUGUGAUACUACCGACGACCCAUGCUCCUAGGAUCUCCCACGAUUAUGCGGAGAUGAUAAAAGAUCUUGAUAACUUUUUUGCCUAUCCAUGGGGGAGGGUAUCGUUUGAUAUGAUGAUGAGUAGUAUAAAAGAAAGGAAGGAAGUUUCCCUCUCGCAAAACACCAUUGCAUUGAAAGGAUUUGUGCUCUCAUUACAGUUAGUAAUGAUAGAAGCCGUACCUGCACUUACUGAGGUGGUUCAAGACAGGAGCUCAUCUGGUUCGGAAGAUGAUGUUGGGGAAGAGGAAGACAUGAUAGAUGAUGAAAACGCGGAGAAGAAAAGUAUCAGCCCUGGACAUGCGCGUGAUAUAGAUGCUGCUGGGAAGGCCAUUGUGCGUUCGAUAAUCUCGAGUGGGGUAUUAGGAGUAAACGAGGACCUAGAGUUUCAGUGGUCCGACGAUGAAGAGGAUGCAUCAGUAGAUAAUUUGUUGAAUCUGAUUGAGCAGGGUUAUCAAUUUACCCAUUCAAGCUUCACGGGAGGUGUAACCAAAUUGGACGUUAUUAGGCUGCGUGAAGAGACUAAAGCCGAAUCCUUGAACAGGAAAACUAGUAAAAGAAAGCAUAGCUCUUGUUCCACAAUACCUGAUGGUAUUGAUAUAGAAGUUGUUGCUGUUGUGGUGAAGGAUAGUGUUAAGGACGACUUCAGUCGCGUCAACAGUCAGCUUGUCACAUUACGUGAAUCAACCCGUUCGUUGGAAACCCAAGUCCUCUCUGACCUCAAGGAAAUGCUGAGUAAGGUAGAAGAGUGCAGUGAGAACAUCGCAUUGUUGAGCCAAGGUUCAGCGAGACACCCUAUUUUUGGAGCUGAAGGAUCCCAUGCAGGAGCAACCCCAACAGCCUGUACUGCGAAUGCUGCGACACAGACGGAUAUUGAUUUUUCCACCCUCGUUGGAAAAACAGUUCGACCUAUUAACCAUUUAACCUCUCCUCAAGUUGAUGGGUUUGCACAAAGAGACGACAGUGACGUUCAUCAGGCCGUCUGUUCGUCUGUAGAUAUCGCUGAGACAACCAAAAUAGUAGGGAAUAGAAGAGAAGGUUUUGUCGCCGCAGCAGGCCUAUCACCCCAUUGUGGAUCCGGGGAAGAGCACAUUGAGAAGAUCAUUGGGGAUGUUGUGUCUGACUCGAGUCUGGACCCGGCGUUGUUGUUUCCAAAGCCGAGUUUCUCUUUAGGAUUAACACAGGAGGAGCGCGGGGUUUUAGACAAAGUCGUCAAUGCAUGUAUUGGUGGCAGUGACGAGGGCGGUGCAGGCGAUGGAAGUGAUGACAUUCAGGUUCAGCCGGAGGAGGUUGGUUUGGGUUGUAGGAAGAGUAAACGUCAGAAAAACCCCCCCAAGUCCUUACUAGGAAAUUAUGAAUGCGAUAAACGGUUUUUAAACCUUGGAAGACAAGCGGCUGCAGACUCAAACACCUCAGGGGGUAACAUAGACUACUCAGCUAAGUUCUCUAUUCUGCUUGACAAAAUGAAAACACCCUGCUCGAUAACUACUGCUAGGUGGUCGCUUGACAGCAGUGAGGUUUAUGAAAUGGUGGAACGAUCGACUCCCCUGUCGGCGAAGGUUGUUGAUGUCCUCAUCUCCCAUAUUAGUGGAUUGUUCCGGUCUAACUCACAACCCAACCAUCAGAGUACAUGUGCCUUUCUCGACUCCCAAUUUGUUUCUCAAAUGUCGAAGGUAUAUACCAAGUUCUCGAAGGUGUCGAAGAAAGAGAGCUUCCGGUUCCCUGACAUUGUCUUAGACGCUGGGUUACAAAACACUUCAUUCGCAGAAGCUGAUCGAUAUUAUUUUCCGUUCAAUCUCGACAACAAGUACUGGGUAGGAGUAUGCGUCAAUAUGAGUACGUGGGCCAUUUCAGUGUUAGAUAGCAACAUCUCUAUCAGGUCGGACUACAUGAUGAAUAAAGAGAUAAGGCCUAUGGCACAGAUGUUUCCUUAUUUUGCGAAGCAGCUGGGAAAACAGGGGGCAUCCGAAGAUGGAAAACCCCUUGCAAUUGAAAGGCCCCGAUGGAUACCGCAAAAUAACUCCCUACCAGACUCGGCUGUCUCAGCAAUAUUGUUUAUUCAAGCUCAUGCUGUUGCCGGGGUUGAUGGUUGCAAAUGCAUAACAGCUGAUGUUCUGGACACCGAAGUGGAAAAGCUUGCCGUCACACUGUAUGAAGGAAAUGUUGGCCCCCUCUGAAAUGAUUGUUACCCUUGCUCCUCCAAAACCUUUGUUCCCAUGUCUUAUAUUUGCUUCGUGUUUUCCCUUUGAUGAACAAUGUUUGCGUCUGAGCCGUUUGCUCUUAUAAUUUGGAUAUCUGUAGUUGCUGAACCAAUUAUUUUUAUGAUAAAACCUUGCGCUUCCAAUUAUCAAGAUAAA